AUGAUGGGCCUCUUCAGCACUGCCAGUUCCCACAUACGUGCAGCCGCAACAGGUAAGCGCGACGACGAGGGCGUCCCUACCGACACAGAGCCAGACGAUACUUCCAUCCUAGACGAGAAUGAAGGCUCGAUUAUCACUUCCCUCAUCUCCCAAUUACGCGUCGGCAUGGACCUUUCAAGAGUUACCUUUCCGACUUUCGUCCUAGAACCUCGCAGCAUGCUCGAGCGCAUAACCGACUUUAUGUCCCAUCCAGAUCUUAUCUUCGGCGCAGAAGACAUGGAGGAUCCAGAAGAACGCUUCUUACGUGUCCUUCAGUACUACCUCGCAGGAUGGCACAUCAAGCCAAAGGGCGUCAAGAAGCCCUAUAAUCCUAUUCUCGGGGAAUUCUUUCGAUGUCGGUACGACUAUCCAAAUGGCACCCACGGAUACUACAUCGCAGAGCAAGUCUCGCAUCACCCGCCGGUCUCGGCGUUUUACUACAUCUCUCCUGCCAACCGUAUUAUUAUCCUCGGUGAGCUGCGGCCCAAGAGUAAGUUCCUGGGGAACAGCGUGUCGACAACGAUGGAGGGCGAGAACAGGAUCUUGCUAUUAAGCAAGCCGGAAGAUGGAGAAUACGUGAUUACCAUGCCCAACAUGUAUGCACGCGGCAUACUAUUUGGAAAGAUGGUUCUAGAGCUGGGGGAUACGUGUAUUGCUAAGAAUGAGAAACACGGGUUAUAUUGCGACCUUGAGUUUAAAACCAAGGGCUUCUUCUCUGGAACAUACAAUGCUAUCAGCGGCAAGAUCCGUCGAAAUACAACAGAGAUUGGCGAGGUGUCCGGGCGGUGGAGUCAUGUUAUGGAUUUCAAGAGCACUAAGGCCACUCCCUCUAGACAACGACAGCGGCGCGUGUUGUUCGACGCCGUUAAAGAUGGGCAGAAUAUAUCGCCCAAAUGGGUUCCUUCUGAGGAAGAGCAAGAGCCCAACGAGUCUCGCAGACUAUGGAGUGAUCUGACAAAGGCUAUUCUAGACAAAGAUAUGGAGGCGGCGACAACUGCAAAAUCAGCAGUUGAGGACGCACAGAGAGAGAAGAGGAAGACCAUGGCACAUCAUGGACAGAAACACGUACCAAGAUUUUUUAUGCACAAGAACGGGAGAUGGGAGCCAAAGAUUGAGAUUCCGGCAGAUCCAAUUGAAGCAGAGCGGGUAGUGAACGUGUGGCUGAAGCUCGCUCCAUCCGCUCCGCCCACAGAGAAGACAUAA